AUGCAUGAGCUGCAUGAUCAGAUCUGGACCAGUCUCCCUAACUUAUUCUCAACAAUGACUGCCGUGAGAAACCCAUACUCCAUCUCUCCCGUUCUCACAACGUCCGGCCCGUUCUCGGACGAGGAGUUUGCGCCGUCGCCGGACGUGAUCACCGCGCUGGCAGACAUGUCCAUCCUCGUGAUUGGCGCUGGCGGUCUCGGCUGCGAGAUUCUCAAAAACCUCGCCCUCUCUGGGUUUAAAAAGAUCCACGUGAUCGACAUGGACACCAUCGACAUCAGCAAUCUGAACCGGCAGUUCCUGUUCCGGCCGUCGGACGUGGGCAAGCCAAAGUCGGAGGUCGCCGCAGAGUUCAUCAACCGCCGAGUCGCCGGCGUGCACGUGACGCCGCACUUUGGCAAAAUCCAGGACUUUGACAACGACUUCUACAUGCAGUUCACCCUCGUUGUCUGCGGCCUGGACUCCAUCGAGGCGCGGCGCUGGAUCAACGCCACGCUCGUGGGGCUGGUGGGCGACUCUCCUGAGACCCUCAAGCCGCUGAUCGACGGUGGUACCGAAGGCUUCAAGGGCCAGUCGCGAGUCAUUCUGCCCACCAUCACCUCCUGCUACGAGUGCUCGCUGGACAUGCUGACGCCCCAAACCACGUUUCCCAUGUGCACCAUCGCAAACACCCCCAGGCUCCCGGAGCACUGCAUCGAAUGGGCCAGCGUGCUCGAGUGGCCUAAACACUUUGACCGCAAGGCCGACAACGAUGACGUCGAGGACGUGACGUGGAUCUUCGAGCAGGCGCGCGCGCGGGCGGAGCAAUUUGGCAUCGAAGGAGUCACCUACCAGCUCACCCAGGGCGUGAUCAAAAACAUCAUUCCGGCCAUUGCAUCCACCAACGCCAUCAUUGCGGCCUCCAGCUGCAACGAGGCGUUCAAGGUCGCCACCACGUGCGUACCGUUCCUCAACAACUACAUGAUGUACUCGGGCAACAACUCCGUGUACACGUACACAUUUCAGCACCAGAAGCGGCCCGAUUGCCCGGUGUGUGGCGUGCAGGUGCUGCGGCUGGCCGUGCCCAAGAGCACGACGCUGGAGAACCUCAUCGAGCGCCUCAAGGAGAAUCCCGCCACCAAGGUCAAGAACCCGUCGCUGCGAACGGCCUCCAAGAGUCUAUACAUGGCGUCGCCCAAGGAGCUGGAGGAGAUGACCAGGGGGAAUCUCGUCAAGCUGGUUGGAGAGUUGGUGGGUGAGGAAGAGGUGACGGUGACUGACGAGGCAUUGCCGUUUAGCCUAAGGUUGGUUGUGGAUGUCGAAUAA